CUAGAAUCCUAAUAUGGCACCAUUUCCCACUAUCGUCUUCGUACCGGGCGCAUGGCACAGCCCGGAAUGUUAUCGCAGAGUGAUCGACCAACUCGAGGCUGCGGGGUAUGAGACGGACCUCAUUCAUCUUCCAUCCGUGGGGCCAACCCAGCACUUGCCAGACUUCUCUGCCGAUGUGGCCCAAAUACGAAGCCAUCUAGAACGUCUAGUCGAAGCCGGCAAGAAGGUCGUGCUUGUGGUACACUCUUACGGAGGAGUGCCUUCAAGCGAAGCCGUCAAAGGGCUUGACUGCGGGAGCCGGCAGAGUAACGGCCAAGAAGGAGGAGUCGCUCAUAUCUUCUUCUGCUGCUCGUUUAUUAUUCCUGAAGGGAAAUCUCUCAUCGGCGCCUUCGGGGGAAACGACUUGCCGUGGUUCAAUGUCUCUGCGGAUCGCCUGGAAAUUAACCCAGACAGACCAGACGAGGUUUUCUACAAUGACGUAUCAGAAGAAGAUGCUCAGGCGGCAGUCAAAUCUUUACGUCCGCACAGUUAUCAGGCCUUCCUCAGCCCAUGCACAUAUGCUGCCUGGAAAGAAGUUCCCAGUACCUACCUCUACUGUGCCCAGGAUAAUGCUAUCCACUUAGGGAUCCAAAAAAUGAUGGUGGAGGAUUGGGCGGCAGGUUAUCCCAUCCGCACAGAGUUCCUCGACGCCUCCCAUAGUCCUUUCCUCUCGAAGCCAACUGAAGUAACAACGGCGAUCAGAAGAGCAGCUGGGGAAGAGAUCUGA